GUUCCCUUGUACAGAAGGGUCAUUCUGUCCCUUGUGCACCACAGAAAAAAGGAAACUGUAUGUACUCCAUAUAGCAAAUUGUGUCUCCUUUUUCAUCUCUUCUCAAAUACAUGUCCAUUUGUCACAAUUACUCAUCCACUUUGAGAAAGCAAAGAUAGCAAAUUGUUAAAGCACUAAAAAACCCAACAUACUCAUAAACUAUCUUCAUUUCUUUCCCUCACGCUUCUCAUCAUCAUCUUUUAUCAACUCCUUUAAAAAUUCUUCAAUUGCAACAUCUUCUCCACAACCUGCGAUCUGAGAAACAGUUUCUGGAAUACUAAUAAAUAGUCAUUCUUCUCUAAAUGCUUCAACUUUUCCAUCUUUUCUUCAAUCUUUUAGCUGCAAAAGAGAUUCUUGGGUAAUCAAAUACAGGCCUUUCUUCAAUCUGUGAUCUGAGAAAAAAAUUUUGUAGUAACAAAACAGAGUUUUUUUCUUUUAUGAACUCACUUGAAAUGCUUUAAUAGUUCCAUCUUUUUGCUCACUCUGAGCAGAAAACGGUUUUUUUUUUUUUUUGGGAUAAUGGAUACUAAAAAAAUGUCAGAAUUUUAACACUUCACAUCAAGAACUCUGGUAAAUCCUCUAAAUUCUACAAUUUGUCUAUCUUUUCUCUAUCUGUGAGCUGAAAGACAGCUUUUUGGGUAAAUGGUACUGAAAAUUUUCAACUUUUAAUGCUUCUCAUCCUGAAUUUUGAUGAAUUUCCUUAAACUCUUAAACUAAUCCAUCUUUUUUCUCAACCUGUGAGCAAAAAGAUAGUUUUUUUUUUUGGGUUAAAAAAUGUCAACUUUUGAAGCUAAUAAUGCUGACAUAGAGAGAAAUGGGAGUAACCGGAAUGGUAGUUCCCGCCGUCACCGCCGCCGUAGACGUCGCCGGCGGCCGUCAAUGGCGGCAAGCAGUGAGACAACAACUACAGAUGGGAGUCUCAACUUCACUGAUUCAGACUCUGACCAGUCUUGGCACUCACCUUUAGGCUCUAUGGCUGGUGAAAGUGAGGGUAUUUUGGUAAAUUGUGAACCACAGAGGGACAACAAGCAAAAAAGAGGGUCAUUCUCAGAUGAGGAGAUUGAUUUGGAGAGUGGUGAAUUGGAGUUGUUGAAAUUGCAUAAUAAAGAAGAGAGGGAUUGUAGGAUUUGUCAUUUGAGUUUGUUGAAAAGUGGUGGCAUUAGUAGUAGUGGUGGAGAUCAAGUGCAAGAGCAUUCUAUAGAGAUGGCUAUAGAAUUGGGAUGUUCUUGCAAAGGUGACUUAGGUGCUGCUCAUAAACAGUGUGCUGAGACUUGGUUCAAAACCAAAGGAAACACAAUCUGUGAAAUCUGUGGUGCCAAUGCACUGAACAUUGCUGGAGAGCAGACAAAUGAAGCCAAUAACGCUACAGUUGCCAGUGUUGCAGCACCUGUAGGCCUUUCUGAAACCCGAGUCUUCUGGCAUGGACGCCGUGUCAUGAAUUUCCUACUUGCAUCCAUGGUUUUUGCCUUUGUCAUCUCAUGGCUGUUUCACUUCAAUAUAUUGCCCUAGAUGCAAUUGAAGAUAAUUGUCCUGGCAGCAAAGGUUUCUUAAUUUGCUACUUUAAACAACUCCACCAGCCGGUAGAGGUAUGUGUAGGCAGAGGAAUACUCAGAUAUUAUCUUGGUCGCACUAGUGUAUGAAAGGUGGCGUGGUAUCUGGUACAGUUGCGUGGAAGUAUCCGGUAUGGGUAUGUCAAGUUUCUUGCUAAUUUUUAGUACAUUUUGACGAAUCCACAUGAGAUAUCCACACCCUUAUCACACUCUCUGGACGCGGAUGUGUCAAGACAAAUGAAGGACUCGCAUAAUAUAGGUGUAUCGAAAACAGCCUCUCUACCCCCUCGGGGUAGGGGUAAGGUCUACGUACACACUACCCUCCCCAGACCCUGGGAAUUCACUGAAUCGUUGUUGUUAUUGCAUAAUAUAGGUGUAAUGGUAUAGGCCAUGCUGCAAACAUAUCGGUUUCAACCAUUAGCUUCUAAAUAUUGUUCGCCGUGAUGAUUGUUUUGCUAGAAUGUAAGAUAGUUUUGUUCAUCAAAACCUCUUGAUGAAUUUAAAGUUCUUCCCAGCUAGUGUACGUAUGUAAGUAUAUGUAUAGAAGUACGGCGAUAAGGUAUUAGCAUUCUGUUGUAUAUCAUCCUUCAAAUUUCUGUACAAAUAUCUCACGGCUCUUAGUUGAAUUGUAGCUAUGUUAAUCCCAGCUGUAUGGUUGUUGCAAUCAACUCUGUUAACACCUGAA